AUUGUAUUAAGGCACGCUCUGACACAUUCACACUCACACAUAGCGAGAAGAAAAGAAAAAAAAAAACUCAAAACUUUUGCUUCUACUCAAUUCUCUGAUUUAGGGUUUUUUCUUGACUUUACACUAUCUCGAUUUGAGAAGUGAGAAGAGAAAUCGCCAUGAACAUUUUCAAGAAGAAGACCACUCCCAAAGAUGCUCUUCGUACUAGUAAGAGAGAAAUGGCUGUUGCUACUCGAGGUAUCGAACGGGAGAUUACAUCUCUUCAACUAGAGGAGAAGAGACUAGUUGCAGAAAUCAAGAAAACAGCUAAGACUGGAAAUGAGGCUGCCACAAAGAUUUUAGCUCGUCAACUUGUUCGAUUGAGGCAACAGAUUACCAACUUACAAGGAAGCCGUGCUCAGAUUAGGGGUGUAACAACUCAUACACAGGCUCUGUAUGCCAGCACUUCGAUUUCAUCUGGUAUGAAAGGUGCUACCAAAGCUAUGGUUGCAAUGAACAAGCAAAUGGCACCAACGAAACAAGCCAAGGUGAUUAAAGAUUUCCAAAAGCAGUCGGCACAGCUAGACAUGACGAUAGAGAUGAUGUCAGAGGCAAUUGAUGAAACACUUGACAAAGAUGAGGCUGAAGAAGAAACAGAAGAUCUCACUAACCAGGUUCUUGAUGAGAUUGGUGUUGGUGUUGCAUCUCAGUUAUCUUCAGCUCCAAAAGGUCGGAUUGCUACGAAAACCGCAGCUCCUCCCGCUUCCACUGCAGCUACUAACAAGAACUCUGAAUCAAGUGAAGUGGAUGAGCUUGAGAAGAGGUUGGCUUCGCUACGACGAAUCUGAGAUUUAUGAAAAACAAAGAAAGAAGAGAGCAGCUUCCUUUUUUUUGUUAUCUCUGUAUAAAUCUGCUGAAACUUAAGCUGUUUGAUAUUAAGAUUGGCCAUCAGAAAACUAUUAAGGCUUUUUAAGAAAUGAAGAAGACAUGUAUACACAUAUUUUAUUAUAGAUAGUUCCUCUACGU